AUGGAUAUUCGUGAAAUGUCAAAGCGCAUGCAAAAUAAAGAUGAUGUUGAAAGAGAUUUCUUAAUCUUCUACCUCUUCAAGAUUUGGUAUCCAAACGUUCGAUCAGAGAUAUCAUUGAAACCUUACAUUGAACCGAUAGAGGAUGAAAAGACAUUCACGAAUAUGGACGCUAAAACGACAUCGUUACAGCCCGUUACUGCUGCAUCGACAACUAAAAAUACGUGGAUGCCUAAUAUGACCCCAGAUUAUUACAGAUUGAAACCAGAAGUGUUAAAGUGGAACAAAGGUUCUUGGGAAGAAUGGGUCAAUUUCUGUGAUGGAUCACGUGGUUUGAAUUCUGCUAUUCUGAAAUCUCCGGCUGGUCAAAUACCAAUUUACAUACAUAACGUUACAGUUGAUCAGCUUAUAUCCGGAUCUAUCGUUGAGCAGGGUUCUUGGGAAGGUGACAUUAUGUCUUUGAUUCACCACUUUAUGUCACGUGAUCCAGAAUUACAACUUAUAGAUAUAGGUGCUCACAUUGGUGAAUAUUCCUUAAUGGCUGCGAAAAUGGGACGACAGGUGAUAGCGGUUGAUCCUUUAUGGGCCAAUAUUUUAAGAUUGUGUACGUCCAUUGAUCGCAAUAGCUUUAGUCCUCAUAUUAAAGUUUUCUACACAGCGUUAUCAGAUGUGCGCACUGAGGUGUCGUUUGUAAAAGAGAAAGGAAAUUUGGGAGGAACUAAAAUUUUGGUCAGGCGUAAUCGGCGACAAAAACAUGUUAUUCCCCAAACGCGAUUAGACUCUAACAUUAAGUUGGUUAAUACACCAAUGAAAUUUAACAAAAAUGUAAUAGAUACAGUUUUACUUGAUGAUCUAUUGCCAUUUGUUUCUUUUAAAAAAGCUUUUAUGAAAAUAGACGUUGAAGAACACGAAAAUAGUGUUUUAAAAGGUGGGGAUCAGUUCUUUGACUCUGUAGACAUUAAAUAUGUUUUAAUGGAAUGGUUCCAAAACGCUAAGAAUCCAAGAUCUGCCAAAGAAAUAAUCGAGUUUAUGAAGAAGCAUAGUUACUCUGCCGAAAGUCCUAAUACAAAUCACUCUCCUUUAGUUUACAGUGACUUUUCCAAAUGGCCAUUAACUGUCUUGUGGGUGAAACAUUGA